GCGAGAGAGAGGGGAAGGGGGCGGAUGCUGGCUGCGCGGCGGGCACUGUGGCCGGGUUGGCGCUGCUGGGGCUGCGAGCGUAGGAAGAUGAAGCUGCUGGCGGCCGCGGCCCUGCUGGGCCUGGGCGGCUCUCUGCUGCUGCUGCUCUUCCCGGCUGCUCACGCGGAGGAGCGCAAGAAGGGGCCCAAGGUCACGGCCAAGGUGUAUUUUGAUCUGCGGAUGGGGGAUGAAGAUGUGGGGCGAGUGGUCAUCGGCCUUUUUGGAAAGACAGUUCCGAAGACGGUUGAGAAUUUUGUCGCCUUGUCCACAGGAGAGAAAGGGUUUGGCUACAAAGGCAGCAAGUUUCACCGUGUGAUCAAGGACUUCAUGAUCCAGGGAGGAGACUUCACCCGGGGAGAUGGAACAGGAGGUAAAAGCAUCUAUGGGGAUCGUUUCCCCGAUGAGAACUUCAAGCUAAAGCACUACGGGCCUGGCUGGGUGAGCAUGGCCAACGCCGGCAAGGACACCAAUGGCUCUCAGUUCUUCAUCACCACCGUCAAGACGUCAUGGCUGGAUGGCAAGCAUGUUGUCUUCGGCAAAGUCCUGGAAGGGAUGGAUGUAGUGAGAAAAGUGGAGAACACAAAGACCGACAGUCGGGACAAACCUCUCAAAGACGUCAUCAUUGCCGACUGCAACGUCAUCGAGGUGGAGAAGCCAUUUGCCAUUGCCAAAGAAUAACUGGGUGGCCGCUGGAGGGUCAGACUCUGGCUUGCAAAGGGCUGCGAGGGGGCUACACACUCACGGAAGCCUCGCAUCAUCAUUGUCCCACAGCAGGUGAACUGCCGCCACUGCUGCUCCCUUUCUGUCUGCCCUUCCCCCAGCUACGUGGGGUGGGGUGGGGUGGGGGGUGGGGAGUCUCCAUUCUUGUAACAACUCAUUCCAUCAGCCACUGGUCAUCCAAGUGGCUUUGAGGGGUGGGGGUGGGCAAUGGGUGUCCCAUUCAGUUUUUGUAAGAAAGCACAUGGACCAAUAAACGUGACCAUUGUGUUUUUGUA